AUGGCUGCCCCGAAGGUACUAGUUUUCGGUGCCCUCAACGGCGCGCUCAAGCCUGCCUUCAAUAAGGCUGCCACCUUGCACUCCAAGAACAAGUUCGACUUCGCCAUCAUUUCCGGCAACCUCUUUGCCGAAUCUGACGAUGAAAUAGCGGCCUCCCUACUGAACGGCGAGAUUGUCGUGCCCCUUCCGACCUAUUUCACUGUCGGCACAUCCGCCCUUCCCGCUACCAUUGUUGCCAAGAUCGAGGCCAACGAGGAGAUAUGCGAAAACCUACACUUCCUCGGCAAGCGCAGCGUCACCAAGACUACAGAUGGUGUUCGUAUCGUGGCGCUCGGCGGAAACCUCGAUCCGGAGAUUUUGGGGGGCACAUCUAAGGAACAACACCUUCCCUUUCACACAGGUCACGACGCGAAGACGCUCAAAGGCGCGGGCCAAGCCGAUAUCCUGUUGACAACCGUCUGGCCUGCCGGCGUCUGGGGCGGAUCCAAAACCGCCCCUACCCCCGAGAACCAGGCCCUCAUUGCCAGCACAAAGGAAGUCGCCGAUCUCUGCGACGCGUUGCGACCUCGUUACCACUUUACGGCGUCACCUGCCGAAUUCUUCUACGAGCGUGAGCCCUUCUUCCACAUGCCCAAGGAAGGCUCCGAAGAGCGACCGGUGACCCGGUUCAUCUCUAUGGCGCCCUACGGUAACGCAGCCAAAGCAAAGGCCAUGUAUGCAUUCACCCUCUCUCUGGGUUCGACAUCGCUCGACCAACCUGCCGGCACUACGGCCUCGCCGUUCGCCGCCAGGGCACCGAAGCGGAAGCCCCUUGACGACGCCCCCUACAGCCGUUUCGCUGACAGCCACGAUGGCAAGCGUCACCGCGGAAAGCGCGGACGCCACCGCUCGCCGCCUCCCGGUCCGGAGCGCUGCUUCUUCUGCCUGUCGAACCCGAAUCUCUCCCUGCACAUGGUCGCCACCAUUGGCGAAGACAGCUACCUUGCUACCGCCAAGGGGCCGCUCGCCAAGCCAACGACGUUCACCGAGCACGGCAUCAACUUCCCCGGCCACAUCAUCAUCACGCCCAUGGCGCACACCCCAACCAUCGCGAGCGCGACCGCCGAGAGCUACUCGACAGCCGAUGCGCAGCGUACCCUCGACGAGAUGACGCGCUUCCGCGAGUCCCUCCAGGCCAUGGUCGCCGCCAAGUCCAGCCACAAGCUCGGCGCCAUCACGUGGGAGAUCAGCCGCGGCCGCAACAUCCACAGCCACUGGCAGUUCCACCCCGUGCCGGCCGACCUCGUGCAGAGGGGCCUCGUCGAAGCCGGCUUCCGCGUCGAGGCCGAGAACAGCAAGUACCCGGCCCUCGAGGCCCGCGACCUGCCGACGCUCGAGAGCCAGCAGGCCGCCGGCGACUUCUUCCGCCUCUGGCUGUGGGCCGACAAUGGCGACGACCGUAUCAAGGGCACGUGUCUCGUCAUGCCGCUGCCCGACGCGCCCGACGCGCCGCGCUUCGAUCUCCAGUACCCUCGUCGCGUCGUUGCCAAGCUCCUUGGCCUCGAGGACCGAUUCGUCUGGCAGGACUGCGCCCAGACUGAGGACGAGGAAAAGGCCGACGUCGACGCCUUUCGCGAGGCCUUCCGCGAGUGGGACUUCACGCUGCCACCCGCAACAGCAUAG